GAAGAGGUGAGGUACCAUAGGCAGUUCUUCCCAGGGAGAUGUCUAUUCCAUUUUCCAACACCCACUGCCGAAUUCCACAAGGAUUCGGGAAUCUGCUUGAAGGACUGACACGCGAGAUUCUGAGGGAGCAACCGAACAAUAUUCCUGCUUUUGCUGCGGCGUAUUUUGAGGACCUUCUAGAAAAAAGAGAGAAAAACAACUUUGAUCCAGCCGAAUGGGGGGCUAAGCUGGAAGACCGCUUCUAUAACAUCCAUGCAUUCCAGGACCAAGAACAAUCUGAGAUAUGUGAACUUAAACAAGAAAUGUCCCAGUCAUCUGUGAAAGAAGAAACACCAGUGACUGCCCUAGAGCUCCCUACUGAUGAAAAAGCAAAAGAGGAGUUGGAAGUUGCUGCUGUCAAAAUACAGUCAGCCUUCCGAGGACAUGUGGCCAGAGAAGAAGUUAAGAAAAUGAAAUCAGAUAAAGGUGAAGAUAAGGAAGUGGAAAAAGAGUGAGGAACACUGGUUUUGCCCCCCCCCCCAGAAAA